CAACACAUAGAGCAAGUGUGUGGAACUUCAGUCAGCUGCAAGAGCGGGGGGGACAGUUUUUCGUGAAGUACUGACUUCCGGGAAAGCGUGUAGCAAAUUUUAGCAAUGAGUUUUGAGUGGCCUUGGCAAUACAACUUUCCUCCGUUUUUUACAUUGCAGCCUAAUGUUGACACAAGACAGAAACAGCUAGCAGCAUGGUGCUCACUGACGCUGUCCUAUUGCCGACAUCGCAAACUCUACACGUUGGACGUCAUGGAGGCACAAGAGAGUCCUGUGUUUAACAAUAAGAAAAUAGAGAGAAAACUUCCAAUGGAAGCCAUCCAGGUUGUUUUCGAAGAACUAAGGAAAAAAGGUAAUCUGGAGUGGAUUGACAAAAACAAAACACGCUGUCUGAUCAUGUGGAGACGACCGGAGGAAUGGGGGAAGCUGAUAUAUCAAUGGGUUUCCAGAAACGGGAUGGUCAAUUCAGUGUUCACGCUCUAUGAACUCUCGAACGGGGACGACACUGAAAGCGAAGAAUUCCACGGGCUUGAGGAGUGGCUGCUGCUGCGCUCCCUGCAGAUCCUGCAGGGGGAGGGCAAGGCGGAGCUCAUCACCAUGGACGACGGGAAGGGAGUCAAGUUCUUCUGAGGAGGGGUUGGGGGGGGGGGGGGAGGCACGGCACGGUCAGCACGGGGAACCGUUCAGGCGGCACUGUCCCGGAGAGGAUUCUGGGAGAAGGUUUGUCUUCCACACAGAAAUAGGGAUUCAGGCCUUGCUCGCUUCCAUCGGUCCCUUUGACUGAUAACGGUUUUUCGGGAACGCCAUCUCACCUUUAACACUCCCAUGUAUUCCCCAAGAGGGUGUAUGUCCCAGACUAGGUUUGUAUAAUCCCCCCCCCCCAUUUUGCGUAUUUAUAACUAGAUUUAAUUUUUUCUUUAUACCUAACGAAUAAUGGAGAAGGAAAUGGUUCGGUGUUUGUGUUCUUCUGCAGUAAGGUGUUCGGUCACACAGCCACAAAUCCCAAAGACAGUCUGAUCCCAAAAAACGGCACGUGGACAUUGAGGAGUCCGGUAUGUUUCCUGGAAAAAGAGACGUGAGGGGGAGAAAGACUUCGAGCUUCGUGUAGUUCUGCGCGUAACCAUGGAGGCGGGUCCCAUUUGUACAUACUACUGAAACGUCCCCAUUUAGACCACCCUUUUUAUUUCUGACUGUCUGUACUUGACCGCCUUUUAUAUUUGACGGUGUAUUGUAAAAUAAAAUGGGAGUAAAAUUGUG